AGCUCUAUAGAUCCAGCUGUGUUUGUGAAAUGUCUCCGUUUCUACCGGGAGAAUUUGCGUGAAAAGGACCGGAGAACCGGAGCCUGUGACGGUGAGGAGGAGGAGAGAGACCCGGGGGAGAGGGAGGAAGAUCCGGGAGAAAAGAGAGAGAGAACCGGGCGGAGAAGCGGUGCUAAUCAGCAGAUGGCGCCCACCAGGAUGAAGCUGCGCGUUCGUCUUCGGGACAACAACACGGCGGCUUCAACGACAGGAAGUGCUGAACCUGUGGAGGAAGAGGAGCGAAGCCGAGGCGUUCGCAGCAGCAGCAGGAGGAAGAAGAAACCCACCACCAAUACUCCCAAUACUCCCACUCCCUCUUCUUCCUCACCUCCUCCACCUCCUCCUCCUCUUCCUCUCGCCUCCUCUUCCUCGUCUCUUCCAGUGCCAGAGGAGGCGUCUCCAGACUCAAAGUGUCCCAUCUGCCUGGACCGUUUUAACAACUUGGCGUAUUUGGACCGCUGUCUCCAUCGGUUCUGCUUCCCCUGCAUCCAGGAGUGGUCUCACAACAAGGCCGAGUGUCCGCUCUGCAAGCAGCCCUUCGCCUCCAUCCUGCACUCCGUCCUCGCUGAAGACGACUUUAAGGAAUAUACUCUUCGUCCUCCGACGCCCGCCAGCAGCAGCGUGGCCGCCACCGUCGCCAUGGUGGCGGCCAUGGCGUCUGCAGCGAGGAACGACCACCAGAUGAGGCUGAUGUUGAGGAGGCAGAGGAGAGAGGAAGAGGAGGGAGGAGGAGGAGGAGGAGGGGGGGAGGCAGUGAGGAGGAGGAGGAGGAGGAGGGAUAGAGAGAGGGGAGGAAGAGGAGGAAGAGGAGGGGUUUGGGAGUGGUACAUCAACUCUAGACCUGUCAGGAUGGAGGAGGACGAGGAGGAAGAGGAGGAGCAACAACGGGACGUUGACGAGGCGUUGGAUCGAGGCGUUAUCUUCGAGGGUCUGUCGGGCCUCGUACCCCCCGGCGACCCCCCCGUUGACCCCGGCGACCGUGCGUCUCGCCGCCUGACGUCCCGCCUGGUGUCUCGCCGCCGCCUGCAGCGCGUCGGGGGGGCGGUGCGGCGCCUCAGGGAUCGAGAGACCGUGGCGUUUCGGCGCUCGCUCUAUCGUCUCGGCGUGCGAGUGCACGGGGUCGCCGGCGUCUCCGCUGAGCUGCUGCCGCGUGACAUCACAGCCGACAGCUUUCGCCUAAGCCCCGCCCCCUUGGAAAGGCUCCGCCCCUGGCUGCGCCGCGAGCUAACGGUGCUUUACGGUGUUCACACGUCCUUAGUGGAUAUCGUGCAGAGAAUCGUUACAGCGAGGCUUCAACGACACGGCCUGGAGGACCAGAACACCAUAGAAGAAGAGUUACGCCCCUUCCUGUUGGCGCGAACAAACCACUUCCUGCACGAAAUGGUUAGCUUCGCAAGCUCGCCGUUAGCGUUGGAAAGCUACGAUCUUGAGGCAGUUUACGAGCCGCCGGACGAUGCUAUCGUGCAGCUAAACGAUGACAGUAGUGACGGGUCCGUUAUCGCUAUUUCAGAAGAAGAGGAAGACGAGGAAAUGGACGAAGAAGAGGCGGGAAACGAUGAACUCCCGACAGGAAGUUGCCUCAGUUUGGCGGCGUGGGACGACGAGACGCCAGGCCCCUCCUACUCUCUGAGCCCGGCCAAUCAGGAGGCGGCAGGGAAGGAUGAAGAGGGAGAAGAGGAAGAGGAGUGUUUGAUCGUUGGGUACAAGAAGCCGAUCGCAGAGCGGACGCCGGAGCUGGUGCAGCUGACGUCAGAUAGUGAGGAAGAGGAGGAGAAGACGAAGAAGGAGGAAGAGGAGGAGAAGGAGGAGGAGGAGGAGGAAGAGAAGAAGAAGGAAGAUGAAGAGGAGGAACUUCCUGCCGUCGCUCCUCCUCUUCCUCAAUCUCCCACAAUCCCUCCUCCCGCUCCUGGCUGUAACAAAGAUGGCGGCUCGUGGUCGUCCCCCGAGAGAGACAGGAAAGAGAAGAAGAAGACGAAGAGGAGGAAGAGGAAGACGAGCGGCACUUUGUUCAACCCGAAUCGUUCUAUCUUUCCCGCCAUGAUGCGCCGCCGCUCCUCCAGCGCCGAGUCCAGCCCGCCGGAUUCUAACUGGGACGGCUCUUCGUCAUCUUCAUCAUCCUCCUCUUCCUCUUCCUCCCCCAUGGAAAACCACGGGGAGAAACCGGGAGGGAAGAGGAAAUAUAAAAGCCGCCAUCUGGACCACGAUGAGAAGGACCCCACAUGGCGGCCGCGGGAGGACAAGGAGCGCCGGAGGAGGAGCCGGGAGGACGAGGAGAGGAAGGAGAGCAGGAGACGAGAGGAUCGCAGUCCCAGCGUUGAGAUCAUCUACGAGGGAACCAUCCCCCCCAACGCAGCACACCCCCCCGCUAGGAAACGCCGCAGGAAACGCCAACGCAAGACCCAGCACAGCAGUUCUCCGGUCAUCAUCACGCUGGAUAGCGACAGCAGCCACGAGGCUAACAACAACAACAACAGCAGCUGCAGCAGCAGUCCAAUCAGUAGCCAGCAGACCGUUGACUUCUCAGACCUUCCUCCCCUCCCAUUGGUCCAUUCCUCCGGAGUGGGCGGGGCUUUGAGCGGUGAAAUCGGCGAUCUUCCCGUCGACAUCCUGGAUCCAAUCGCCAUCAACAGUGACAUCGAUGUGGAAAACUUUGAAGUGGGCGGGUCCUCAUUGGACGAGGAGCCAAUCAGAACAUCCGAUUUAUCCGAUGACGCGGAGGUCACAAAUUCAUCACUUAAAAGAAAGUCGAUUUCUGACAGCCGCUUGUUAGCGAGGAUCCUCAACGACCUGCAGGGAAUCAAUACGGCUAAAUUGAAUCCGUUGAACUUUGAGCCACGUGAUUCCAGAAGAAAUCGCUUUUUAAGGGACGACGAUAUCGAUCAUCGGGACUUCGACCCGCCGACGUAUCGUAACGCCACCCACCCGUUGACUUAUUUUGAGCGGUUAAAAGAAAAGGAAGUCCCGCCUCUCUUAAAACAGGCGAGUCCCGUUCGGACGUACAACAGAAACACGCCGCCGCCGUUAAAACACAAAGACGCCGGGAGUCCACACCUGUCGCCGAUUUCUCCCAUUGACCUCCAUUCAAAUCCCACCAUUGACGUGUCUCAAGGUAAUCGCGCCAUCCCGCCCAUCUCAACGCUGAAAAAACAUUUCACGAGCGCUCUGGCUCUGAGAGGAGAGCUGGCCUCCACUAGUUCAGCCAUUGACUCCCAUUCUUCUAAAGUCAGCGUCCAUUCCACGAGUCAAAAACCUCCCAUUGAUUCCCAUUCUUCUUCUUCUUCUGAAACUGGCUCCACAAGUGCUGCUUGCUUAUCACAUCUGGAUUUCAACUUGAUCCCGCCCGCAAAGGAAACCUCAUCUUCAACCGUUGACUUGCAUCCUGUGAAUUCUUCAUCUCCCUUUGAAUGCCACACGGCCAAGACUGGAUGGUCCAAUGAGAAGCUAGCUAACGCCGACUCUAGGAAUAAGACUCUGAGACCAGAUUACUGUCAUGUUUCACCCAUUGACCUCCAUCCUUCCAGCCGGGGUGGAGAAGAUUUCUCAGGAGUUUUCUGUAACGACAAAUCACCGCCUGUGUUUGUUUCAUCCAUCGCUGCAUUCCCACCAAUUGACUCCCACUCUUCCAGUAAGAGAGAUAACUUUAGAGGUAGAUAUGCGCCAUCAACAGCUCCAAGCAACAGGUUGUCACCCAUUGACAUGCAUCCUAACAGUCCAAAACAUACCGUUGACCUCCACUCUUCAAGUAAGAGAUAUCACUUUUUAGAAAGUCUUUCAACCUCUAGAGCUAGCUCGGAGGUAAAAACGGCUCCCAGAAGCAGCUAUUCACCCAUUGACUUGCAUCCUAAAAGUCCAAAACAUACCCCUGACCUCCACUCUUUAAGUAGGAGAGAUAACUUUUUGGAAAGUCUUUCAACCUCUAGAGCUAGCUCGGAGGUAAAAACGGCUCCCAGAAGCAGCUAUUCACCCAUUGACUUGCAUCCUAAAAGUCCAAAACAUACCCCUGACCUCCACUCUUUAAGUAGGAGAGAUAACUUUUUGGAAAGUCUUUCAACCUCUAGAGCUAGCUCGGAGGUAAAAACGGCUCCCAGAAGCAGCUAUUCGCCCAUUGACUUGCAUCCUAUAAGUCCGAAACAUACCGCUGACCUCCACUCUUUAAGUUGGAGAGAUAACUUUUUGGAAAGUCUUUCAACCUCUAGAGCUAACUCGGAGGUAAAAACGGCUCCCAGAAGAAGCUAUUCACCCAUUGACUUGCAUCCUAUAAGUCCCAAAUCUACCGUUGACCUACAAACAUCCAGUAAGAAAGAUAACUUUCCAGUAAGUCUUUCAACUUCUAGAGAUAGCUCAAUGCCAACCACAGCUCCCAGGUUAUCACCCAUUGACGGGCAUCUUAAAAUUCCCAAAUAUACCGCUGACUUCCACUCUUCCAGUAAGAGAGAUAAAUUGUCAGAAAGGCUUUCAAGAUCAGUGUUAACACCGGCUACAAGUGGCAGGUGGUCACCCAUUGACUUGCAUCCUAAAAGUCCAGAAUCUACCGGUGACUUCCACUCUUUCAGCACAACUUCUAAAGGACUGACGAACAACAAAGCAUCGUUGUUAGUCAAUCAUGGGGAUGCAUUGCCUCAUGGGCGCCUGACACCCGUUGACUUGCAUCAUACGAGUCCCUUUUCCCCCAUUAACACACAUCCUUCAAGCUCACACUUUAACCACACUGCCUUAACCGCCGCUACCUUCCAGACAUCACGUCAAAAGUGCAGUUCUCAGUCCGAGGCUACCAUUGACUCCCACUCAAAGCCUCAAAACCACCACAAUAGGUUCCCCACUGACGCUCUUUCGCAGAAUAGUCUCCCCAUUGACUCUCAUCUAAAAAACUCUAGGGCGGACAAUCACGUGGAGAACCAGUGGAACUCAAACUCACCCAUUGACGCCCAUUCAGACUCGGCCACGUAGAACACACACCUGAAAUGUAGUGAAAUAAGUAACUGCUGAUUUUUUUUACUUUGUUAAUGUGUUGAUUUAAAAUGUGCUCAUGAGGCCUUUCGUGAGGCUGUUAACUUAGUUUAAAAAGAGGGGCGAAAUAAAUCAAGUGUAAUUUUGUUAUUGAACAAUCUGUCUUCAGGGCCACAUGUUUGUGGAUGUGACCAAAAGUAAUAAUUAAAAAAAAAGAUUUUAGAAAAGUCGACAUUUUUAAGAAAUUCUAAGAUUUUAAUUUUUUAAAGACCUAAAAACUAGAUUUUUUUUUUCAGAACUCUGAGCAAAAUGACAGAAGUUGACAUUUUUACUUUUGGUUUCAUCCCAAUUUUUUUUAUUUUUUGGCCCCAAAUACUUCUCCAUAGAUUAUCAAGGGUGGAAAUGUAUAUGGAGGUUUAAAAUAAAUAAACACUGAAUUUCUUUCAUUGGUUGGUUUGACUCGGUCACCACAAGUGUUGAAAAUAAAUCAAGGGUUGAGUAAAAGUUAAAACAAGUUUUUUAUAAAGUUUUAAUUUCCUGUUGUGUAAAGUGUAUGAAUGUGUUCAAUAAAGGUUUGUUCAGAAA